GCCUCUGGGCAGACUCCUUCUGGGGGUGACUGGAGUCAAGCCCCUCAGAAGGCUAAGUGGUGGCAUGGUCCCCUGGGAGAUGAGGAGUCCAUAUUGGCCUGGGGACACAUGGGCCAGGGCUGGCCAGAGGCCUCCAGCAUCCAUGCAGGAUUCCUAUUCUUCCAAGAUGGACCCUGGGAGCUCUGAGCUGGGGGAGCAGGACCUGACAGAGGAACUGCGGUGGAUGGAGCUGGGCUUGGAGGAGGCCCUGGGAGCUGAGACAGAGGGGCCCAGUGUCCUACAGGCCGGGGGGCGCCUGCUGCAGGCCGUGUGGAGGGGUCCUGUGGGCCUGGCUACGCAGCUGCUGCAGCAAGGGGCCAGUGUGGAGGAGAGGGACCACGCCGGCAGGACCCCACUCCACCUGGCCGUGCUGCGUGGCCACGUGCCCCUGGUGCGUCUCCUGCUGCAGCGCGGGGCCCCGGUGGGAGCCGCGGACCGCGAGGGGCGCACGCCGCUGCACGAGGCUGCCUGGCACGGUCACUCGCUGGUGGCCGAGCUGCUGCUGCGGCGCGGGGCCCCGGUGGCCGCGCGCUCCAGGGCAGGCCUCACGCCGCUGCACUGGGCCGCCGCGCUGGGCCGCACGCUGCUGGCCCGGCGCCUGCUGAGCGCGCCGGGCCCGGACCCCGCGGCGGUAGACGCGCGCGGCUGGACGGCGGCGCAGUGGGCGGCUGCGGGCGGCCGGCUGCCGGUGCUUGAGCUGCUGGCGGCGGGCGGCGACACGGGCCUGGACGGCGCCCUGAACGUGGCGGCCGCGGCCGGGCGCGCGGCGGCGCUGCGCCUUCUCCUGGCGCGUGGGGCGCUGGUGGACGCCCGGGACGGCGCGGGGGCCACGGCGCUCGGCAUCGCGGCUGGCCUGGGCCGCCGGCAGGACAUGGAGGUGCUGCUUGACCACGGAGCAGACCCAAGCCUCAAGGACAGGCAUGGUCGCUCUGCGCUCCACAGGGCUGCCACCAGUGGACACCUGCCUGCCGUCCAGCUGCUAGCAGCCUGGGGAGCAGAGGUGGAUGCUCGGGACUCAUUAGGCCUCACACCCCUGCACCACGCUGCUCGUGGAGGCCAUGUGGAGGUCGCCAGCCACCUCCUGGACCGGGGUGCAAAGGUCAAUGCUGCUGGUUGGCUCCACAAGACCCCUCUGCACCUUGCCAUGGAGCGUGGCCAUGGCCCUACUACAGAGCUUUUGCUGAGCCGAGGAGCCAACCCCACUCUGAGGACACAGUGGGGUGAGGUGGCCCAGGACCUGGUGUCUGAGGGGGGCCUGCCCCAGGCGCUGCCUACCCUUUGCAGAGAGCAGGUGGAGUGCUAGGGGCACAGAGGGGCCCCAGGGGCCCUGAGGGUCUCAGUGUGGGGUUGAGCCCACAUGGCCAGAGCAGGAAAGAUAGCUCCUGGCUCCCACAGCCUUCUGAGUAUGUCAGGCUCCUCUCUUCUGAGCUGAGGCCGCCUGCCUGGGCAGAGAGGAGAAUGGCUGAGAGGUUCCUGGAGGAGAAGGAGGCAGUGGCUCGAGCCCUAACGGGCCUGUGGCCCUGGUACUACCCCACUGACUCCUGCGGGCCCAUCACCCCCACAGCUCCAGGCUUCUCCACACUCUUUGGCGGAGAGACUGAGUUGUAGUGACAGAUUUGACCAAAACCUGAUGGUCUCCCCUUUGUCCACCAUGGGGAUGUCACUCUCAGCUGCUUGCUCUGUACGUGGGAGCGUUCUGUGUUUCCUUAGAUCCAGUAUUUGUCUAUUGGCAUCCAUUAAUUACAGGGUCAAACUAACAGCCACAGUUGUUUACAUCUCCGCUGUGAUCCAGAGCCCACAAUCUGAACUGCCCCCUUCUCUCCCCCCCCCCCAGCUGACGCCCCCCCCCCCCCCGGCCCCAAAUCACACAGGGCCAGGUACCAGACCCCUGGGGACAGCCUCUAUGCACCAAGGCCCACUGGGAUUAUCCAACAAGCCAAUCCUAAGCUGUUUCCCGCCCUGCCUUGCCUUUCCUGUGGGAACCCUGGGAAAGGCUCUGGCCUGAGCUUCCUCGAUCCUGCUUCUGCCUCCUGACACUGCUGCUUCCCCUGUGGCCCUGCAGGGCAUGGCAUGAAAUGUGAGUAAUAAGAAUCUUCUUUCAAUGGCAUCACUCAGCCAUCUCCAUAAAUUAAAAAUUGAAACAGAGGGACCGUUGUCUCUGACUGCCCACCUCCGUAUCCUCGGAGAAAAUCAUUGCCAUUAUUUGAUUUUUCUGAAAGAACAGCUUUACAGGACAGAUUUCAUCUUUCAAAAGUGAGAGUUCUAAGAACAUACAAUGGAGAAAGGAAAGUCUCUUCAAUAAAUGAUGUUGGGAAAACUGGACAGGCACAUGCAAAAGAAUGAGAGUAGACCAUCAUCUUUCACCACACACAAAAAUUAAC